CCCGCGGGUCACGUGUUUGAGACCCCUGCUGUAGUGUAAUAGAGUAUAGAUAUUUAAGCAUGUAGUACUGCACUGCAUCAAAGUAAGGUAACCAAACGUCUCAUAAUUAUGUAAUACAAAUUAAUUAACACCAUAUUUGUUCAGUUGGUACUUCUCCGAAAUGAGAUUUUAAGAUGAUGAAUACGCCGUUUAAAUGAAAAAUUAUUGACAAUAUUAUUCAAUUCGGAUCCCAUGACAGGAAGAGGAAACACGCACAAUAAGGCGGCCGUCAUAAAGCUGGGAUGUCAGGGUGCAAUUGCCUAAACGAGUCAAUUGAACCUAGCUAAAGCAGCCUGCCCUUUUGCGCUUCGCAACUUGCCAAGCCUGGCAUGGCUGCCUUUGGGUGAGCUGGCUGAGGCCUAAAGUGGCACAGGCACAGAUUUUGCAGAGACAAGAGGGAGAGGAAUGCCAAAUAGACACAGAAGGAAUCAUUUACACAAAGGACAGGUUGAUGUUUACAUUGCGGCAAUUAAUUCUGUCAUUGCACACGUACUAUAUGCCACUGCGGAAUUACACUAUCCACAAUUACAUCUUUAUAUGUUACAGUAUGCUAGCGCCUCUCAAAAUGAUACAUUUUUAUAUACGUGUGUAUAGGAAUGUUUUUGGAAUGCAAUGAGAUAUUAUCAGUACAGUCUAUAGGAUAUAAAUGGAAUAUAUAAACAGCGGAAAAAGUGGUUAGCACACAGGCCUCACAGCUAGGAGACCCGAGUUCAAUUCCACCCUCGGCCAUCUCUGUGUGGAGUUUGCAUUUUCUCCCCAUGCAUGCGUGGGUUUUCUCCCACAUUCCAAAAACAUGCUAGGUUAAUUAGCGACUCCAAAUUGUCCAUAGGUAUGAAUGUGAGUGUGAAUGGUUGUUUGUCUAUAUGUGCCCUGUGAUUGGCUGGCCACCAGUCCAGGGUGUACCCCGCCUCUCGCCCCAAGACAGCUGGGAUAGGCUCCAGCACCCUCGUGAUGAUAAGCAAUAUAAAAAUUAAUGAAUGCACCCAUGUGUUAGAUGAUUUUUUUCAUGAGGUUUACACAGUUUAUGAUUUAGUGUUGGGUGACAUCUAGUGGUGAUAAAAAGUUAGUGCAGCUUAAUAUAAAACCUGCCUUGACAUGGUGGCUAACAGUGACCUCUAGUGGUGUAUUGAAGCAUGACAAACCUUCCCGUCAAGUACUGUUAACUUUUUAUUUUAUAUUUAGAGUCUCGGUUGCUUCCAUAUGAAAUUAUUAUAAUAGUCAAAAGCAAUAAAUUAAUCUUGCAAUAAAUAACAGUGCAUGAUAGCUAGCAUCAACAAACAAAACUUCAAGUGCAUUCUAGUGCAUGAAGUGAAACUAUUGCUCAAAAGAUGGGCUUUAAUGCCUCAGACCACAAUAAGUUUGUGGUAUAAUUGAAACCACAAGUUUUAUUCCAUGGAACAUUCAGAACAGGCUUGAUAUUAAAAGCUAACUGGUAAAAACACCGCUAAUUACAAAACAGUUAGCAAUAGGAUACAAACACUCACCAAUUCCGUAGUUCUAUCAAAGCACCUGCUCCUUUCAAUAUGGCGUCGUGCUGGUAAACGACCCUUAUACUCCGACAACGCAUAUGCAUUACGUUUCAGACUUUUAGAUACCGAAAUGACGACGUCAGACACUUCAACACACCUGCAAAAACUUUUUGGGUAAUUUUCCCCCACGCAUGCGCCUAACCACACCGGUGUCUAAUCUCUUCCGGAUAAUGUACCGCACUGAUUGGUGGCGCACCAUCACGUGGCUUGGUGACAUCCUGUCACAUGAACCGGUGACGUUGCAAAAGCCGUGACGUCACACGAACAGGUAAUAUAAUCCAACAAUAAUAACAAUAAUAAAACAAUAACAACCAUAAUAAUAAUAAUAAUAAUAAACUGUUAGUUUAAUCUGGGUUACAUAUACAAGGAAACGAAAUGUCCGAGUAUUGAACGAUAGAUAUUAUAGCUAGCUAUAUAGCUAUAGCUAUCAAUACAAUACAAUAGCUAUUGGAAGAUAGCUAGCUCGAUUUUACGAUACGAUACUGUGUAGUUUAUAUUGAUUUAGGACAAGUGUGGAGACGAAUGCUGUGUGCUUGUGUUUACUUUUCAUUGUGAAGCCGACCCCCAUUUGAAAUACUAUUGAGAAACAGAUAUCUAUUUAUUUAUCUGUACUGUACAGGCAGAUCUCCAAUCUAAAAGCCGCGAAAUACAACAAAAUGGAGAGCAACAGAGAGCACAAAAUCAUAUUCAUAAGAAUCAAACUGCAUGUUAAGUCAUCCAUGUUAUAAUGACAGGUCUGCAUUAAUACCGAAAGUCCUCCCUGCCUCCCCCAGACCACAAUAGAUUACUGAGAUUCCCACACAGCUGUACACAGCUUCCCCCGGGUCCUAAAGUCCGACAGUUACAAUGCAGCUGAUGCAUCUCAUUUGUGGGUGUACAGUAUAUCGCGAUAUUUCCGGCAACAACUGAGAGAAUCAUAAUCCUCAGCACGUCCGUGAAAGCCUGUGGAUGUGGGAGUGUGAGUGGGACUGACCAGUCCUGUGAGGGAUUUUUAUAUCGGGGUGUUUACAAGUAGGUACAGUAUAUAUAGUCACAGGCUGGACUUGACGGUUGAGCGUUGCCAUGGAGCCCAUUCUACCUGCAGUGACUGACACAGUGGAGCCGGAGUCAGACAUGAAUGAUGAUGCGAAAAGGAAGAUCCAGUUCUCAGUGCCUUCAGCAGUACCAACACAGCUGGAUCCACGACAGGUGGAACUGAUUCGACGUCGGAGGCCGACGCCCGCCACUCUUUUUAGACUGACCGACCAUCCAUCGCCGGAGGAGGACGGCGGGUCUCAGUGGGUUCUGGGAGAAAACGGCGCACUCAAAUCCAAAAUGGUGACCCCGUACCAGCCGCCAUCACUCAAAGCUGUGCAGAGAAUGGCUCAAGCGCACCUGUCCUCCAUAGACAUGACCUCGGUGGACCAGGAUGACCCACCUUCCGGAGAGGACGACGGUACAGAAAACGGUACAGAAAAUACAUUUUUCAUAUUUAUCCUCUUAAUUACUUCAUUAAAUAUGAUAUGUCUUGGUAGAUCGGAGAAUAAAAAACAAGUCUUUGGAGUCUUUGAGUCCGGCAAAGGUCAGCUGGCAUCAGGGAAAAACGGAGGAUGCCAACGUGAAAGACGAAGGACAAUGACGUGGUCGUUUGUGUGUGUGUGUGUGUGUGUGCAUGGUUGUGAUGUAAAUACGACAAGGGCCAGCAAUUGUAUAAAGAACAAAGUGCACUACAGUGUACGUAUUGUAAAUGAUGGUGAAUGUAAUGCUUUUAAUGUGUAUACUAUGUGUCAUUUGUCUCUAUAUAAUAUAUUUACAUAUAUGCCAUAUAAGUAUGGUGCCAUUCUUUCAAAAAGUUACUUUAAUAGAAUAUUUUUGUCCAAAAUGAGGCCCUGGGGGCCAUUUGUGGCUCUUGGUUUUUGGCUUUUUUUACUGAUAUAUUUUAAUAUAUCCAUUUUUUUCUACAUUACAUUGGAAAUAUUUUAUGAAAAAUACAUAUAUCCUAGUACCUCUGAGGGUACUUGAAAUUUAAACAAAUAAUAAAUAUAAUUUUGUAAGUUGACCCCCCCUACAAAGUUAUGAAGAGUAGAUAACUUUAAUGGUAGGUUUAUUGUAACUAAUAUGGAUACAUUUGCAUCAAAAAACAUAUAUUUAAUACAACCCCAAAAUAUGGCAAACAAAGCUUAAUAUAUUAAUGUAAAGAAACAAAAAAAAAGUAAAAAGGCAUAUGCCUGAAAAAAAUUAAUAAGGUAUGUGACACCUGAUAUAGUAUCAUUUUUCAAUAAAUAUUUUUUAAUGUUAUUUUUUAUUUUUAAACAAAUUACAAUAUACUGUAAUAUUAUUAAUAUGUGUGUAAUAUAUUAUUUAUAUAUUUAAUGUACUCUGGACUAAAUAAAAAUUAUAUUAGGAUUUAUUUUUAAAGCCUUAUCUGUGAUCAAGUGGAUGUGCUGUAAUGGCGUCGUUCAGACAGCAGGGGGAGCUGUUUAUCCACGUUCAAACACCAGCUGCCGUCUCCCGUCCUUGUCCAUCUAAAAAGGCAUGAAAAUGGAUUAAAAA